AUGUUAAGACAUCUUGAUUUCUCUUCUUCGGACUUUAAAGUGCUACCUGAAUCUAUCUCUAUGCUCUUUAAUUUGCGGAGUUUAGAUAUCAGUAGGUGCAAUAUUAGUGUAUUGCCCUUAAGUGUUGGGUCUCUCAAAAAUCUGUUGUUCCUCGAUAUUUCACAUACACCAAUCACAGAAAUACCUGAUUCAAUAUCUCGCAUCUACAGUUUACAGAGGUUAAACUUCAGGUAUUGCAAGAAUUUAGAAGCACUACCUAGAAACAUAGGAGCUUUGACACAAUUAAGGUCACUAAAUUUGGAAGGGAGUGGAAUAGUAGAAUUACCUGAUUCAAUUUGUCGCAUCUAUAACUUAGAGAGGUUGGAAUUCUGGAACUGCAGUGAAUUAAAAGCAUUACCCCAUAAAUUCAAAGCUUUGACACGAUUAAGGUCACUAGAUUUGGAAGGCACUAAAAUAACAGAGCUGCCAGAGUCAUUGACUAGCAACCUCUGGAAAUUCAAGUCUGUGAACAUCAGACGCCUGGAAGUAUUAGUGCCUUACCUGGUGAGAAAAUUGGAACAGAAGAAGAAUGCACUCCCAGUUCUACGAACUAGGGAAUCCAGAGAAUCCAGUGGGAUCAAAGAGUUAGCAGGCAUACCAUCCCUCCGUGUGUUAGAAAUAAGAUGUUUAGAAAAUGUGACAGGCACUAAAGACGCCGAGAGGGCAGAUUUAAAAUACAAGAAAAAUCUUAGAGAAUUGAGUCUAAAAUGGGAAAACGAAGAAGCUAAUAAUAAUUCAGUUAUGGUGUUGGAAGGUCUACGGCCACACAGGAAUUUGGAAAAACUGGUGAUAGAAAAUUUUGGGGGUGCAAGGCUUCCGAAGUGGAUGGAUUCAUCAUCUUGUUACCUCCCAAAUUUAGUUGAAUUAUAUUUAUCCAAUUGCAAUAGUUGUAAGAAGCUUCCUGCUUUGGGUGUGCUCCCAGGUCUUAGAGUUCUUUGGAUUUAUGGAAUGAGGUCAAUGAACUGUUUGGGUCAAGAGUUUUUUUACCAGGAAAAUGACAAAGAAGAACACAAAGAAGAUGUAGAAGUCACUAUAUUAUUUCGUUCGUUAACCAGGUUGGAACUAGGUGAUAUGGAUAAUUUAGAAGAAUGGGUUGCUCCGCCACCACCUUAUAUUUCCUUCCCUGUCCUUGAGACUCUAUGUAUCAUUGGCUGCUGUGAAUUGACAUCUAUACCAGAUUUUCAAUCAUGUACUUCUCUCCAAGAAUUAACCAUCGAAGAUUGCGACAAAUUGAACAAGGAGUUUCCAUCUGAACCAAUUACUACAAACAGGUCAGUGUUUCAUUUAUUGAAUUUGAUUUUUUUUCUUGUGUCAUAUGCACUAUUUAUUUGA